AUGCAUUUUUCAAAUAGAGCAAACACUCUUGGAACAUGGUCGUAUAAUAAUAGAAUUACUCUCAAAAGUAUUAACAUUUUUAUUUAUAAAAAAGAUUCUGUAACUUACAUCAAAAGUGUUCAUGACAAUGCUAAAGAUUCUCAUAAUGUAUCUGGAUAUCGCAAUGACCUAUUCGAUGACUUGGGUUAUAUAUCUGAGCGAGGAAUCGAAGAUGAUUUUGAAGGUAGUUUUGUCGUCAGCCAACGGCGUUACAAGGAGCGUGCGGCUGCUGCGUUUACUGAAGAUCUGGCUGAAUUGAGGCGUAAACGAAGGGAUAUGCAGGACCGUAUCUUCGACGUUAUCGACUUGAAUGCAGAAAUCGAGAAAGCUAGAAAUACUCUCGAACAAGCGGAUAUUGCUUUUCAACAGCAUGCAACAAAAUUCGAUAAUACAGAUACCUGCGAUGGCACCAGAUUAAAAAAAUUCCCUAAUGUGGAAAUUUUGUCAGAAAAACCACAGCCGAAAACCAUAAAAUUUAUAAAAGUCCCCAAUAUUGAUAUAGAAUCGUGUAUGCCACAACCUAUAAAAUCAAGAAGAGACAAAAUCAACUCAAUGGAACCAAACGAAAUUGCAAAUCCAUUAAAUACCAUUGCAUUGCUACCGUUAAAGAGGAAAUUCUCAAAUAAAAAGAAAAGUGUUUCGUUUUAAAAAAUUCAGUGAAUAUUUUAAAUUAUUGGAUGCUAUAUAAAAUGUACCCAUAUUAUUUAAUAUUAAUAUUUCAAUAAAACAUAUAUAAUAACCACAAGAAAAUGUUGUUUUCACAAACAUUUGUAGUUUUAAUACACAUCAUGAAGUAUACCAUAUGUAACCGAGAAGACAAUGGUUGAAAAACAUAACUAUGAAAUAACAUUUUUUCACUAAGAGAUCAUAAUGAAUGAGAAUGCGAAAGUCCUUUGACAAACCACUGAAUAUGAUAAAUUUUCGAGAAAUUUUUAAAAACGAAUUUCUUGGGAAACAGCAGGAAUUUUUGGUCGAAAUUUGGCAUUAUUCUGAAAUUUAUCUAUAUAAUGAAAAGUUCCUACAAUAUCAAAAUUCAUUUGCAAAGAUUUGAAUCUAUAUUAGACAUAUCUCAUUGAUUCAAAAUAUGUAUAUGUAGUUAAAUUUACUUUAUAACGAUAUUGCGAUGACAUACAUACAUUGCAAUAGGUGUAUGCAGAAUUUGAUGUUGGAUAUAAUAUAUAGCUUAUACAUAUGUGUAUGUUAUACGUAAAUACGUAUAUGCAUAUGAUGUAAGUAGGUAUAUAAUAUGUAUACAUAUAAGUAUGAGUUACUAAAAAAAAUUAAGUGAUCAUAUAACAGAAUAAUGAAGGAGAUUAUACAUUUUAAAUAGGAUAAAAUGUACCUUUUUUACAGUGUUUCUUAAUGACACAGUCUGCGUACUUAGCACAAUACAAUCUUUAUACAAAAUUAAGAGGUAGAGAUUUGAAUUUUCUGUGGAAUUAAAUAUAGAUAAUGACUUCUAAUUUAUUAUGGUUUAUUUAUUAGUUGAAGAAAUAAGAAAUAUUCCUCUAGUUUAUUUUUGUAAUAAGAAAAUCCAUUUAGAAAAUAUUCAAUGCAUA